AUGAAAAAAAUUUUAAAAGUUUUGGGGUCCGCCCCUGCAGAUAACUACACCUUGUUCAACUGUUCAGCUAAUUCCAAUGAGAAAACUUGCAAUGGCUUCAUCAAUGGCUUUCAAAUUAAAGCUAUUCCAUCUUCUUCCACGACGUAUGAUAACCGGUUAAAUUGCAGCAAGGUUGUUGACAUCUCAGCAAUUCCCGAAGGACUAAUCGAUGCACAGAAUCUUCGCUUAAAUUGGUCCAACCUGAUAUGCUUUAGGUGUGAAGCAGAAGGCAAAGGUUGUAGACUAAACAAUAAUACACAGGAUCCAACAGAGUGUUAUGACAUCCCCAAUCUCAAACUCCCCCUACAUAAAGGUGUAGUCUCAACUUCGUUUCUUCUUGCACUGAUUGUAAUUGCCCUUCACAAGUUGUACCAUUUACACAAAACAAAGAAAGAGAGCCAACUCAAGAUUGAAGAGUUUUGAAGAUACGCUUACGCUGAUAUUUAGAGAAUAACAAAUCAAUUCAAGAAGAAACUUGGAGAAGGAGGUUAUGGAACUGUGUUCAAAGGAAGACUUUCCAAUGAUGUUUUGGUAGCUGUUAAGGUCCUUAACAAUUUCAAAGGAAAUGGUGAAGAGUUCAUCAACGAAGUGGGCUCAAUGAGUAGAAUCCACCAUGUCAAUGUAGCUCGCUUGGUUGGAUUUUGCUCUGAUGGAUAUAAACGAGCUCUUGUUUAUGAGUAUUUGCCCAAUGAGUCAUUGGAGAGGUUCAUAUUUUCUACCAAGGCUGAGACUCAUUUCCUUGGUUGGGAUAAGCUUCAAGAUAUUGCUCUAGGCAUAGCCAAAGGGACUGAAUACCUUCAUCAAGGUUGUGAGCAACUAAUCCUCCAUUUUGACAUCAAACCUCACAAGAUUUUGUUAGACCACAACUUCACCCCUACGAUCUCUGACUUUGGUCUAGCUAAGCUGUGUUCCAAGGAGCAAAGUGCUGUUUCCAUGACAGCAGCCAGAGGAACCAUGGGUUACAUAGCACCUAAGGUAAUCUCUAGGAACUUUGGAAAUGUUUCAUAUAAAUCAGAUAUUUAUAGUUUUGGAAUGCAACGACUUGAAAUGGUUGGAGGGAGAAAAAACAUUGAUGUUACAGUGGAGAAAACAAGUCAGGUCUACUUCCCAGAAUGGGUGUAUAAUCAUUUGGACAAAGAAGAAGAGUUAGGAAUGAGAAUUGAAGAUGAAAGGCAAUCCUUGAUAGCAAGAAAACUUUCAAUUGUUGGACUAUGGUGCAUUCAAUGGUUUCCAGUAAAUCGUCCUUCAAUGAAAGCUGUUAUUCAAAUGUUGGAAGGUGAGGCAGACAGUCUCACUCUGCCGCCGAAUCCUUUUGCUUCCACAGAUUAUAUGAAGCUGGGUGGUUCCAAGUAUAAAAACCCUGUUGGUACAGAGCUAGCAAUUAUUGCCGAGUAGACAUAAUUCAGCUUGCAGCACUAAGUCUAGAAAAGAGUUAACUAUAUCUGGCUAAUGAAGCAAACUAGACGGACGCACAUGCAUUCUAUAAUCACAAUUGUGAGUUCAUUCACUUAAAUAAAUUUGCUGUGUUUGUACUAAACAUUGCUAAGGGCAAAUAAACACUUUCUAUGUCUUUCUUCUUUAAAA